AAUAAGAUCAUAAGAUUAAAACUGAUCACUUGCUCUUUUGGCAUUAAUAUUAUGUUCUUCAUUUUUACUUAUAAUGAUAUUUAUAUACUCAUUAUAUAUAUAUAUUAUACUUUUCUGGUUAUAUUUUUUCGUAUGUUUGUAUGUUUUCUUUGUGAUUUUUAUAAAAAAAAAUGA